ACUGGAUAUACUUAAUUACACGAUGUCAGCGAACUCAGCCAAACGUCAAUUGGCACUAGAGAAAGAGUAUCAACAAUUAUUAAAAGUAAACGACACCAUGGAUACCUUGAUAAACACCAUUCAAAAAUCACAAGUUGAUAUAACCAAAACAAAAAACUCAGCAAACCAUACUACGAUUCUAUUAGAGAAAUGGAUACAGAUAUUAUCACAGACAGAGUUUACCAAUAAAGUUUUGAACAACCCGAAAUGGGAUGGAACGUUUGGGGUCAAUGAGAUAUUGAAUGACGAAGCACAAGAUAUCAAGAUAGAGGAGAAAUUAAAUGAAGAACAGUUAUUGAUAGACGAAUUGAAUCGAUUAGAAAGCGAGAAUGAUCAUUUAACGAAUACUCUUAGUGCAAAGGAGAUACGGGAAAACGAGCUACAACAAAGAAGAAAUGAUCUUGCUAGUAAGAGACAAAGAGAAUUGGGACUAAGUGGAAGAAAUGCAAAAGGCAUAUCAAAGAGAAGACCUUUCAAAUAAAGUAGAGUGCUUUAAAGGCCAACAGAAAAACCAAAUGCUAGAGCACCAUAGACAAAAAUAAGCAUUUAACCAUGAACCUUUCAGGGAAAAAGUAUUACGAAACUUGCAAG